CCUUAGCAGCGGGAGAAUGCAUAUAAGGGGUUUUCACUAUUGCAGGAAACAUAAUUUAUAAAUAAUUGUCUGUUAAUAGAAUACCAAAGAUUUAUUAUUUUGUCGCGAGAAAUACUUCGAUGAAGAUCCUGUGGGAAAUAUGCGAUCUGUGAUUAGAUUUUCCUUCCUAUUGGAAGGUAAAAUGUGUGGCUAAUCCGUUUAAGAGGAGAUAACUCCGUUCAUGCGCCAAUAAACUCUCAACGCUUGGGAACAACGUAUAUAAACCUUGACAGGCUUUUUACUUCCAUAACGUCCAAGUCUAGCAUCACAGACAAAUACGAAAAAGUUUAUAGCAACAAUAUCACAGGACUAACUAUGUUCAGCAAAUCAUUCAUCACAUUCUUCGUCCUUAUCGUUGCCUUCUUGGUUAUGACUGCAGAUGCAACCUACAGAAAGCCACCUUUCAAUGGUUCAAUUUUUGGAAAACGGGGUACCGCAAUCGAGUAUGAAGCUAGUAAAGCACUUUCAGCAAUGUGCGAAAUCGCCAGUGAAGCUUGCCAAGCAUGGUUCCCAAAUCAAGAAAGGAAGUGAAUAUUCUAGUUUAAUCAUGGCUCUCUAUUAAUUAUAUGAAUUUGUAUUCGAAGCGAAUCGUAGAAUAAAUGUUCUAAACUAAAA